UAUCAGUGCUGUUACGUGUUAUCAGUAUCUUCCUCAUAAUAUUAAGUAGUUUUCUACAGUGAUAUUAUUUAUAAUGUGUUAUUUAAAACAUGACCAAUGCUUCGAGUAUGUAAAUUAACCAGUGUCCGCUGAUAAAUAUUAAUGGAUAUAUAUUAAUUGAUAUGUAUGUUGAUACAUAUUAAUUGUUAUAUUUAUUGUUAGUUUGAGUAUUGGGGGGUCAACUAGAAAAUUAACUAAAAUGAUGUUACGUGGGCAAAAUUGGCCCUAAGUAAAUUACUUACUAGAAAUUUAAGGUUUUUCCUUAUAUAUUACUGGAAAUCCUUGCAUGCACACUAUUUUUUAAUUAUUUUAUUAUAAACAAAUAUUGAAUAAAUCAAACUCAAUCUUCAUUCGACACUUGAUUUCAAGUAUUAAAUAAAGUCACUAGCAGCUCAAAAAGUGCAGCUUUUCAUAUGCAUGAUAUAUAUCAGAUAGAAGUUGAAUAUCGGAUAUUUUGAUAUUUAUUUUAAAUAUCAGAUUUUUGCAAACCCUGAAAUUAACACAUGAACACAGAGAACAUACUCACUGAAAUAAAUUUUUUGAUAGCGCUUGUUAGAUUAUAAAAUCUGUUUAUUAAUGAUUAUUUUUUUUUAAAUAUGAUUGAUUAUACAUUUGUCAAUAUUGUUUAAUUUUUUUACAGAUUCAUUUAAUGAAUCGGUUUCAUCAAUAUUAGAAAGAAAAGUAAGGGGUUGGCUUAGUGGUGUGAUUGACGAUAUGAGACGUAGAAGUCCUGUACAGCAAUGGUUGGAUUCCCUACCGCCUGAAACUGUAGAUGAAUCUGGGAAACAAGAUGAAGAGGCACAGAUAGUUGAGACUAAAUCAGAGAUAAGUAACCAAGAAGAAACAGUUACAGAGGAUACAGUUGUUGAAUUGAAUGCUGAACAGACUGUAGUUGAUGAAUCUGGAGAUAAGUCAAAUGAUGACAGGACAUUAGAAGUGCCUAACUCCAAAGAAGCAUGGAAGAGAAAAUCUUUAGAGAGUGGUAUGCCUAGUUGUACUCCUAAAAGUAAGAACAUAAAAAGACUGCAAAGAGACCACUCUGUGCAAUCUGAAGGUUGUUCACCAAGGUUAAAAAAUCCUUUGUUCAGAGAUUCUUCCCUACAGUCUGAUGCAAGUGGAUCUAGUAGUAGUUCAGUUUUGAAUGUGCUGGGGGCAAGAAAAGUAGAUGCUGAGUCAGUUUUACUAGCUUUAGGAUUUGGGCCAAGUGAAAAGCAACAGAAACUGCAGAGAAUUCCAGACAGAUUCCUAGUGCCAUCAAAACUUAAAGGCAUUAGUACUGAAGAAUUCAUAAAAAAUGAGCACCAUUCAAUGCGGAUGCAUGAUUGCGGAAUUUUUGGAUACAGAGGUUUAACAGGGAAUCCUCAUGUUCCACCGUCGACAAUUGUAGCUAAAAUUAUGGAAUGUAUACUGAAUGUGGAUGCGACCCGCGAGGAGUCGUCGACCCAAAGCCGUCACUCUAUUGCGGAUAUGAGGUCCGACACACAGGGAAUCCUUGCAUCGCGAUUUCUCUAUAAGUGAUCUCCAAUAUAAAAUAGAGCUGGGUGUUUUAUAAAUAAAUUUUGGUUCUGAACGAUUGUACUUACAUUAUUAUUACUUCGAAUAGAAGGAUUUCUCAAAAAUUGAGUCACAGUUAACGUUAACAAAAAAUUUGUUCUUAGACAAAAUAAAUAAAUCGACAAAUGUACACUUAACACUAACGCUAUAUUAAUAUUAAGUCGAUAUAAUUUUCUUUGAACAUAUGUCGAAAUGUAAGUUUACGCAGUUACGUUUUGAAAAUAAUUUGAGAUCUUAUGAUAGAAUCUUUAUAUAAUAAAGAUAUGUUUAUAUUAUGUAACCGACAUUGGUCGGGAGUUGCGUUUAGGUAUUAUCUUUAUUAUAUCACAUCUGAACGAUAUAAAUUCAUAAUAUUGCCAUUUAUAACAGCGUGGUAGCAAAUUCCAAUAAUCCCGUUAUUUAGAGUUAAUGACUAUAUUAAUUGGAACCGCGGUCCUAGUUGCAGGAUUGUUUAAU